GCCCCCUGUCUCUGCAGCUUCCCCAUCCUCCCAGAAUACAUGUACGUUGGUUGGCUCCCCACAAUGGACGGCAGGCAACAUUAAACAACCGUCUCAACACUGUCGAGCCCGUGUAUGGAUUUAAUGAUGAUGAAAAAGAAGAAAUUCAAAUUUAAAGUGGAUUUUGAGCUGGACGAGCUCUCGUCUGUUCCAUUUGUCAAUGGAGUCAUCUUCUGUAAAGUCAGACUCCUGGACGGCGGAUUCUCCGAGGAGUCUUCGAGGGAGGCAGUCCAGGCCAAUAGUGUGCGAUGGAGGAAGAGGUUCUCUUUCCCCUGUAAAAUGAGUGCCAACGUUGGGACUGGUGUACUGGACCCCUGUGUGUGUCGUGUAUCAGUCCGAAAGGAGCUGAAGGGCGGGAAAGCAUAUGCAAAGCUUGGUUUUGCAGAUCUGAAUUUAUCAGAGUUUGCCGGCUCAGGAAGCACAACCCGGAGAUGUCUGCUUGAGGGUUACGAUACCAAAAAUACUCGGCAGGAUAACUCCAUUCUUAAGGUUAUCAUCAGUACUCAUCUUAUGUCAGGAGAUCCCUGUUUUAAAACGCCACCUUCUACAGCGACAGUGAUUGGGAUUCAAGGUGAUGGAGACAGCCUGCUGGAGGAGAGAAGGGGAGGUGACUCGCAAAAAGCCCCUUCUGCAGAGAGUCGAGAAGUCAAGUGUCCCGUGGUGUCUGAUGAUCUUGGCGGCUCUGGCCACUCACGAACUUCCAGCUACACCAGCCAACAGUCCAAACUCUCAGGCUACAGUACAGGCCAUUCCCGCUCAUCGAGCAUGUCGGACUUCAGUCAUCGUAGGAACCAUUCAGUGGGAAGCACCUCAACUGGCAUCGGCAGCAUCCCAGAACCAAGUGAGGAAAGAGACAGAGAGUCCAGAACGUGUCCUGCUCUGCCCGAACAUCCACUUUCCGCCACCAACUCUACCGACUCUGUGGACUCACCAGUCCAAAGAGCCUCAUCCUGUGAGCGUCUCAACAGGCAUCCAGUCAAGCAGGACUCGAUGGAGUCUCAGCUAAAGAGAAUGGACGAUACUCGAGUGGAUGCUGACGACGUGGUGGAAAAAAUCCUCCAAAGCCAAGACUUCACACCCAACCUUUUAGAUUCUAGUGCAGAAGAAGAGGGCUUACGUCUGUUUGUGGGGCCUGGAGGAAGUACAGCUCUUGGAAGCCAUCAUCUUCCUACCAGGGUUGGUGCUGGAGCAUACGAGCAAGUGGUGAUUAAGCGUUGAAGUGGAUUAUGCCUUCCCCCCAAAAAAAGAGAAAAAUGGAUGCAGGGUUGUGACCAUUUCUUGUCUUCUUUCUGCCACAAGUCACAUAUUCAUGAUCCGCAGUCUUGGAUUUGAUGCGCGAUGAAUGACAGAUGUCACAAUGGCGCCUCUGUGUGUUUCUCACCUACAAGUGAACACUUGCUUUUCGGACACCACUUUAAUAUGGAGUUAAUGUGUCCAGUUGUGUCACAUUGAUGGGACUGAAAAAGUUCUUUUUUUUUUGUCUCUUUUAUCGUUUUAUUGUUAUCGUUAUUAUUUUGAAGGGCUGCCUGUGUUGAUACCAUCCACACAUUUCCCAAAAGUGAUCAUCUAAUUUUGGAAGCACACUCCAUGGAACAAUGUGAACUCGGGGGGGAAAAAAAAUUUAAAAAACAGUCUUUAGGUUGGAGAAUAGGUUGCAGUAGAAAGAUAACAUUUUCGAUACAUUCCUUUUAAUUAUGUCGUAAUUUUAAAUUUUUUUUACUUCAUUUUAAUGUUCUGUUGAAUAGAUUUGAAUUGAAGCUGCUGAGAGGUGUUUGUUGUAAAGACUUAAAGAGGACAGAAUAAUAUUUUACAAUAAGGAGAAGGUGCCUGACUUGAACUUUGAAUUGUAUUUACAAUAAUAAUAAUAAGCUGGGAUCUAGUACUAAUUUGCCCUGUCCGCAGCAAACUGCACAUCUCUGGCCACAACGACAGAAACCUCGAGGCAACAUGCAACCUGGCUGAAAAUAUUCUUCUUUGGUCAUUUUCAAGGUACAUCGUAGAGCACAUUCCAAUAUCAUUCUGGAGGAGGCAGGCAAAUGUGAGCCGCUGAGCGCGUUGGUUGCUAAAUAAAACACUUUUGAUGGGUUUAUUUCAAAACGUCAACAAAACCAGUGUUACUUUUGACUUUUUUUUUAACAGAACUUAACAGCCAUGUUGCCAAUUAUAGGGUUCUCUAUGUAGUAUAUGUCAAAUAUUUUUUUUGUCUCAAGGGUUAAAGCAAUAGACAAGUGCCAAUGAUCAUUUGUAAAGCGCACUAGUUUCAAAUAUGAAUGGGUGUUGUUUUACUUUUGCAUCUCUCAACUGCAAGGCGAUAAUAAGAAAGGAUGAUCAUUAGGACAUAGGCUAACGUCUGAGAUACUGACUUUCACGGCCCUGGCACUAUAUAAAAUUGACAGCAGUGGAUUGAACAGAAUACCCUGAACCACAUCAACAAUAUGCUUAACACACAAGUAGUACACAUUGUAUUAUUGAAGGAAUAUAGGGUGUUGUGGUGUAUAUGAAAUUAUUGAAAUUGAAUUGAAAAGGCCCAAACUUGACUCAUGUAGGAAUUUUUGGAUUUCAAGAAUCACACCCCCCCCCCCAAAAAAAGAUGGCAGCCAGUAAUCUGAAAUCAGAUGUGGUAAGUACCAAAAAUGUACAUGCCUGCCAGGUUUUUAUGUGUCCUAAGCUUUGACACCAAAUAAAUCUUUACCUCUUUCACAUUUAAUUUGGGGAAAAGUCAUACAUUGAAUCAAAUACUUGGUUGUUGUAUCUGUAGUUACAAUGAACUAAACACUCAAGUGUUUCUAAAACGGUAACCAAGGGUGAGCUUUUCUAUUAGGAAUUUUAUAGUAUUGUGUCUUAAAGCAAAGGCGCCUCUAUAUGAAGAACAUAAAAGGUGUCGAUGUCAUGAAUUGUUGAAAGAUGCAGAAAAAUAUGUUCGUUGUGGCAGUCAUUAAGAUUGUGGGAACCUGAGAAUCAAAAUUCACGUCAGGUAUCAAAAAUGUGCUGUUGGUUGCAGUUAAUUACUCCUCUACAUUCAACUCGCUCCUAUUCCUUGUGAUGUUAUCAAGCCUAUGAAUUGUACAAAUACCAACUCUGCUAGUGGAAAAAAAAAGGACUUCCCAUCGAAGUCACAUCCAAGUGUGGUGUUUACAGUAUGUGCAGCUAUUGAGCAUUCGUGAUUUGCACAAAAGUCCUGUUAUCAUAUUUAUUUGCAAAUUACUUUUCCGAUUUGAUUUUGUGCACCUUCUUCCAAAUGUGACCCCACUGAAGGAUCAGUCCAAAGGAGGAGUCUUCACAAAAUCAAGGAUAUUUGAAACAUAUUUUCCUAUCGUAUUUUCAACAUGAUAUAAAUGUCAUGUUGCAAAUGCCAAGAUAUCACAGUUCGGUGUAUUCACCAUCGACAUUGUGCCAUUUUUGCUAUGUUGUGUUAUUGUAUUACGAAAUGUGUUCUCGACUCCCGAAACGGUGUUGAAUAUAGUUUAAGUGCUGCCAAAUAUCUGUUUAGAGUCAGUUUCUCAAGUACUUUUUAUUUUUUACAUGUAUGCCACGGGUUACGUCACAUGGGUAACUAACAUGUUGCGACAAACAUGGUUGCUUCCUCUCUUCUGUGAAGCUGUUGUCUAUAUCAAAGUGCUACUUGUAUUUUUAUGUAAAGUGAUGUACUGUGCCGUUUACACUCCAGUGGUUACCGUUUCCCUUCAGAUCAUUUUUGCUUCCUUAAACUGUGCUGGAUUGACAUGUACCAUACACUGUUGAAUAAAAUCAAAUCAAGUUACUCAAA